AUGACAAGAGAUGCGGUCAAGAAGCGGCAUCCGGGGCGAGAGGAUGCUGCCGAUACCCUCUUUGACCUCAUAGGAGAUGAGAUGCAGCCUCUGCAACCAUCGCCUACAGCUAUUCAUGUCCAUGAUGCAAACAGUCCCAGCGCUACGUAUAGACUCGUACGGGAUGUUGUACGCUCUUCGAGCUUAUCAGAGGGUCUCGGCACAACAGCUGCGCCGUCUACGUCGACUGUCGCGGCCGAUGCUCUCGUCUCAACAGCAUUCAUCGACCCCUUGCUGACGCCCUCGCCAAAGCUCCUCUUCACAGCGAUCCUCUCCUCAUUCGGCCUAGACUCGAGAUCACUUGCCGACGACUCCAUCGACUCAUUUAUCGAUCCAAUUCAGACACACUUCAGGGGCCAACCGUCGAGAAAGGGCAUCAUCGUUGUGCAGCGAGCGGAACGAAUGCGGGACAUUUGGCCGGAGCACGUCUGGGAGCCACUGUACAGCCUUGCGGAGCAGGCCCUCAUCCCUGGUCAACUUACGCUCAUCACGGUCAGCAGCCUCUCUAUUGACCACUUUCGCACCUCCCGAGGUGCUGCGCCCAUUACGGGUCCCGGCACGCCCAUCAGCAUCACACUGGGUCGACUGAAGAAGCAAGACGUCCUUCGAGUUCUGGAACGUGACUUCGAUCGGCUCUGGCUCGACUUUAGAAAGAGAAGGGACGACGUGGACGAGCGAGGUGUGAAAAGAGUCUACGACAACUUCACCUCGAUUGCCUAUGACGCCUUUGCGAGCGAUGUGCGAGACAUCGAUGAGAUUCGGCUUCUCUCGGCUUGCGUCUGGCACCCUUUCAUCGAGCCCGUCGCUUCGGGUGCUGUUGCCGCCUCUGCGAUACAGCCGCUGGUGUCGCAGUCGUCACACCUCUUUCGCGACGCACUCGCUCGCUUGUUUCCUCGAAUCUUGUCUCCGCUAGAGUGGGUCCAGACGAUGUUGCGGCAGCAGAAGGGCCUAGCAAUUCGUGAAAAGAGCAGAACAAGCGAGGCAAGCUUGGCCCUUGUACCGUCCUUUAUCGUCCUGGCCUCCUUUCUCGCCUCUUUCAACCCUUCGAGACUCGACGUCCGCUACUUUCUGCGAGACGAAGCGUCUCUCUUGCCGAGCGCAAUCGGACCCGACGGCGAGGAGGAAAAGGUCCGGAAACGAGGAGGUGCGCUCAAGCGGAAACCAACGAGCCGAAAGAGGGCCCGUAUUGACGGCGCGAUUGGCGCCGAUGCGGCGGCAAAGCAGGAUCUCAAGCGACAGCAGCUGCUUGGCCCUAGACCAUUCCCGCAGGAGCGGUUGCUCGCCAUCUUUCAGGCCCUGAUCACGGAAGCUGGACCGGAACAUACCACGACAUCGGCGAGAGCACAAGACAUGACCCGCUAUUGGGAGCAUCAGGCCAAGGCAGUGUCGACGUACCGAGCUAUCGAAGCCCUCUGCCGCGAGGGCCGCUUCCUCGUCCGCAUUUCACCGUGGGAAAGAAUCGACGGGGGCGCUCCCAUGAGCCUGAGGACCAACGUGGGAUACGAAGAGGUCAAGCAGAUUGCCGACAGGGUCGACUUCGACCUCGAUGAAUGGCUCUGGGACUGGGGUCCUUGA